UAAAGUUGUCUUUGAAAUAAAAUUAUGGCAAUUAUUUUCAAGAUUUGACAUAGUGUUCUAGAAAUAAAUGAAGAAUUAUAUAUUAGAAUGUGUUUGUAUGAAUCUUUUCCCAUGAUUUCUACUUUAGUUCAAGUUGGAAUCUUGCAUAUUGUAGUUCAUGUUGACCAGUUCUCUUCCUCCAUAUUUGUUAUUGUUAUUUUGUAAAAAAGGUAGCAUUAUAUGUUCCUGCCAUGUGUACUUCUCCACAUAGCCAGCCAUGACUUUUAAUAGGCUUGGUAUUCCCCCAUUGCCAAUUCUAGUUGUUAGAGGUAUUAAGUGGCAAGGAAUUUUCACUGGAUUUCAGCUGUGAAUACAAUUCAUUUUACAUAGGCAGAUCACUCUUCACCCAAACCUCAACAGAGUUUACAGAAUUCCCAUUUGUUUUCUUUAGCCUGAUAAUUUCAAGGCUAGAUUCUGAUGUACAGCUCACAAUGACAACCCAAACUAUGAGAUUUAUGUCCCUUCACCUGAUACUAGGACACAAUCACAAAGAACUGGGAUUUGCAAUGUGAUGUUGUAAUACAGUAUGUUUCAUCAUUUUUUUUGCUGAUGAUGUCAAUCAUUUUAAGUUGAGGGUCACAAAGUAUUCUAAGCCACUGUUUUAUUGAGCGGACCACACAUAUUUUCACAAUAUACCAAACCAUGAAUUAUUCACAAGUCUCAGUAUCUGGGUUUACACAAACUAAACCAAAUCAAACCAAUUUAUGUAGAAAAACAGUUUAUAGUUGUGAUUGCACAGCACAUGAGGUUACAAUCAAGGAUUAAUGAGUAUUCACUGUCACUUUGGUUCCAGCCCAGUUGUGUGUAUGGCUUAAUAAUGAAGGCUGGAAGCUUACUUGUGAGAUGGACAAACUGGAGCAUUUACCACUUGUUGAAAAAUUAGAAAUCAAGGUUUGGUGUAAUGGGCAUAUGUAUUAGAAAUUAAGUAACAGUUUUUAAUUCCACUUUUCAUUAUCAGCUUCUCCUUUACACAGAGGCUAACCACUGAAAGGGAAAACAGAGGCCCACUGAGACAGAAGGCAAAUGCAGUUCUUGCACUGUGCUAAGGUAUAAUAUGAUUUAUUUAGUUUUGGCUUAGCAUGUGAUAAGGAUUCACUUAAGCUUCCUUUUUUUCCUAUGCAGUUGACAGUGUUGUAUCAGUUAUCAAAUUCAAAGAGAAAAAGAUACACUUUUUAAUUUAUGUUUAUACAGUAGUAACUAUAGGUGGUGAGAUACAUUUAGCAGUAGUUAGAUAUGAAUGCCUGGGAGUGAUACACACAGUUGAUCUGGAGGUCCCAAAAACUGUUUUCCCAUGGAGCUGUUCCUAGACAGAAGAACAUAAAAUUGUUCAAAAAGGAAGAUUGCCUUCUUUGGAUCACCUUCCUCAAAUGAACUUUCCAAAUGCCAUGGCUACAUUAUUUGCAGCACCAAAACCUGUGAAGAACAGUGAAUUGUUGUGUCAGGAUCUUGCUACUGAAGUUUUGAGCCGAAAUCUGUGUCCUGCAUCACCACAGCUGAGAGUGGCCUGAAUCAAAUCAAAGUUGCUAAGAGGCAUUCUCCAUCAGCAAGGACUUUCUUUCGUCAUAUGAUAAGAGAUAGAGAGUACUUUGGGGAGAGGGAAGCACAAGUUUCCUUAUGUUUGAUUAAUUUCCUUGAUGAAAACCAAUCAAGAAGAGAAGCAACCUAAAAUUAAGAAGACAUUUCCUAACAGUGAAAAAAAAAAAAACUCGUGGAAGGCUUGCCUUCAGAAGUGGGUGCUUCAUCUCUGGAGGCUUUUAAGAAGACACUGGGCAGCCAUCUCCAAGAUUCCUUCCAACUCCAUUCUUCUGCAUGUUUAUAGUUUUAGUUUAAGCUGCAUGGGAGCACCACUCAUAAGAUUAACCUCUGGCACGUUUAGGCGUAUAGGGGCAUUUUAAAGAAACCUUCCACUAGAAAAACGUCAGCGGCAGGCAAUGGUCGCAAACUCAAUGGGGAGAAAACCCAUUCCAAGUUCCGAUAUUUAUUCCCAGUACGCCUAACUCCGGCCUGAGGUAGGACUGGGGAACAAGGACUAGGAAACCAGCCUCCUCUCCGCCUUACCGCGGCAAACUAGGCCCCAAAACACACUUGCCCAAGACAACCGGCCAUUCAAAGAAGGGGCACUUUCCGCGGCAGCUGGAUUCCCGGUUUUGCCACGUGUGAAUCUUGCAGGUGCGAAGGAAAAAAAAGAAGGGGGGGGGGGAAGCAAGGACAGUGCAAUAGCCUGUGCAGCUGAUUAAAGACGAUUCGGUCGAACAAGCCGCCGCCUUCUUGCCCUGCCUCUGCGGCUGACGGGAUCCGAGCGCGACGGGGAGGAGCCACCGGCUGCUUCUCCUCUGACAAGGCAGCCGGUGAGGGAAGAGAAAGAGGUCGGAGGGACCGGAGAGUCGUUUCGCAUGGGCGCGAAGGAUGGCGGGCCGGUACCGGGGAAGAUGGGCUCCCAGGACGUGCUCAGGGAUACCGCCAAGCUGGCUUCCUCCAACGCCCUCUUGCAGGUGCUAUUCCGGCUAAUUACGUUUGGUUUAAAUGCUUUUACUUUACGUUAUGUAUCAAAAGAAGUAAUUGGUCUUGUGAAUGUAAGACUGAUGCUGCUUUAUUCAACAAUAGUUUUCUUAGCCAGAGAAGCAUUCCGUAAAGCUUGUUUGAGUGGUAGUUCAAGAAGAAACUGGACACAAACAUUUAAUCUGUUAUGGCUAACAGUUCCGUUGGGUGUAUGUUGGUGUGCGUUCUUCGGCUGGAUCUGGCUAGAUAUACUUGAAGUUCCUAAUGAAAAUGCAAUUCCUUACUAUAAUUUUGGAGUACUUGCUUUUUGUCUUUCUGCUGUGAUUGAACUCCUGGGUGAACCUUUUUGGGUUUUAGCUCAAGUACAUUUACUUGUACGGUUAAAGGUGAUAGCUGAGAGUUUGUCAAUCCUUUGCAAAUGUUUUUUAACAGUCCUUCUAGUAGUUUUGUAUCCACACUGGGGGCUCUAUAUCUUUUCUUUGGCUCAGCUUUUAUACACUACCAUUCUAGUAUCAUGUUAUAUAAUAUAUUUCAUGAAAUUUUUGGGUUCUCCUGAAGCAACCAAAAAAUCAUUUCCUAUUACUAGAAUGGUAUCUUUUUUGCCUGCUUUUGGACAAAAUGAGGACAUUGUUAACUGGAAGGAAGCAAGGCUGACUUGGAGUUUCUUUAAGCAGUCGUUCCUCAAACAGGUUUUAACAGAGGGUGAAAGAUAUGUGAUGACUUUCCUGAAUGUAUUAAAUUUUGGAGACCAAGGUGUAUAUGAUAUUAUAAACAACCUUGGUUCUUUGACAGCUAGAUUUAUAUUUUUACCAAUAGAAGAGAGUUUUUAUGUGUACUUUGCUAAAGUUCUAGAACGUGGGAAAGAUACUAAGUUGCAAAAACAGGAUGAAAUUUCUAUGGCAGCUACUGUAUUAGAAUCACUGUUGAAACUAGUGCUUUUGAUUGGCUUAACCAUUACAGUAUUUGGUUUUGCCUAUUCGCAGUUGGCACUGGAUCUUUAUGGAGGAUCAAUGCUCAGUUCAGGAUCAGGUCCAACUCUCCUUCGUUGGUAUAGUUUGUAUGUCUUGCUGCUUGCUGUUAAUGGGAUAACAGAGUGUUUUACAUUUGCUUCAAUGUGUAAAGAAGAAGUGGACAGGUAUAACUUUAUCAUGCUGGCUUUGUCCUUUGCAUUUUUGUGCAUGUCCUAUUUCUUGACCUCUUGGCUAGGGAGCAUAGGAUUUAUCCUUGCCAACUGCUUCAGCAUGGGGAUCCGAAUUUUACACAGCAUCCACUACAUCUAUAGGUACUUUGGAUGCAGCCCUCACAGACCUUUGAAGGGCCUUCUUAUUUCACGAUUCCUGGUUGUUGUUUUUCUCAUCAGUGGAAUGAGCACUAAGGUUUCAGAGGUGUUUCUGUGCUGUGAUAAAGGGUGGAUGGCCAGAUUAAUUCAUGUCACAGUUGGAGCACUUUGCCUCACAGCAACUCUCGCUACAAUAUUUUUCACAGAGACAAACCUAAUCCAUUUUGUUAGAAUGCAUAUUUUAUCAAGAUAUUCCAAAGAACAAUUAAAAUAAUGUCAAGUAUGUAUUUAUCGUAGGGAUUUGUAUUUAAAUGGACAAUUGUUAUGCACGGUAAAGAUGUAAUGUUUCUGAUGAUUAUCUGACUGAAAUAUUGAAAGAGACAUACAGGGAAUCCUUGCUUAAUGACUGGUCGCUUAGCAACCUUUCAAAGUUACAAUGGACCUCCUCAGAAUUAAUUAAAAUAUGAUUUGAAGUUUAGCUGACUGUACUCUCCUCUGGGUUCAUAGGAUUGCAGCCAGUCUGGACUAGGAGACGGAGUGGAGAGAGUCAGGUCCUACUCCUCUCUUAGGCCUGGAAGCCAGCUGAGUGACUUUGAGCCAGUCAUUUUCUCUCUCUCAAAAAGUCAAAAAAGUCUACCCACACCAGAUCAGUGGAGUAAAAUAUGGUCCAUAACCUUCAAUAAAGAGGAUUUCAUUCUGCAAGGACUGAUGAAUUGAUUUGAGCCGAUUUUAAAAACAUGGGGGGAAUAUACUUUUAUUUGUCUGAUGAAAACUGUUUCGUUAGUGGGAAACGAUAACUAGAUAUUAUUCAGGAGUUAAAAUAGUAAUUUAACUGUACUGCUAAAGUAAGCAUAAAUCCAAGCAUAUGGGAUUUUUUUUUUAAAAAAAAAUCAUAAUUGACUUUCAUAGGAAUUUUACUUCAUUUUUAUACAAAACUUAAAUGUUACAAAUGCAAAUGUUAAUAUAUUUUAUAAAUAUUUGAAAUGCUUAUAGCAAUUCUAUUUUUUUAAAAAAUAAUUCAUAUGAAACCAUGUUAAAACAAUGUUUAAGGCAGGGGUGUCAAAACUCGCAAUGUCACAUGACGUGUUGUGACGUAUUGUGACUUUUUUUCCAUUGCCAGCAAUAAGGUGGGCAUGGUUUUGACAUGACGUAUCCGGCCCGUGGGCCAGCAGUUUGACACUCCUGGUUUAAGAGGAAUAAGGAAAAUUAUUUGGAAAAUUAGAACAAAAGCCAUAAUAAAGUGUUAAAAAAUAUGGAAAGACUGACACACUGUUAUCUAUAACUAGUGUGGAAAGUAUUAGUCAUAUUACAAUUAAUGUUAUGAUUGUCUUGCAUCUGUAAAUAGAGCACAAAUGUAAAUGUUUCUAUAAAAUAUGCAGCUAAUAUGUUUCCUUCAAUUUCAGAUAUUACAUUUCAAUAGCAAAGCUCAGGUAAACCGUGCUUUGUUAAAGUCAAUAGCAAUUAUGUAUAAUUAAAUCACUUGGUAUAAAUAUCGUUAAUCUUUAUCAUGUUCAAACUCCAAGAAGCCUUGGAAGAUGCAUUCGAUUUGUUUUUUUUUUUUUUGAGUAACAAGUGAGUGGCAUUUUCAGAAGCAAUGGGAAUAGCUGAUCUUCCCAUGCUAUAUUCCUGCUCAGAGCUAUAAAUACUCUACAAUUUCUCACACGAGCUACUGUGCUAUUCCACAGCAACCUUAGCUUGUAGUUGUAACUUUAAGGGGUGCAAGGACUUCUAGGCUCAGAAGGACAUAGUAAACAUAGUUUCCUCUCUGCCUAUCUUUGCUGGUAAUACAGGAGUACUGGAUCAGGAGCCAAGUUUUUUAUUUGCUAUUUAUAAAUUUAAUUCCAGUGUUUUGAGUUCGUAACUGUUACAUUAAAAUGAUGAGCUUUUGAUGAA